AUGCCAUCCCACAAGAACCAGACCUCCACUCCCACCAGUAACAUCUCACACACCUCGCUCCCCAUGCACCCCAAACCCAAGCGCGAGGGCGAAAGCCCGGUUUCCGAGCAAUCGGACCCGGACACCGUCGAGAGCCCCGCCGACGAGGUCGUAGCUGAUUACGAUGUGAAGCUCGGCAAAGACGAACAGGAAGCCAUCGACACCUCCAACAUCAUCAGCGAACGCACUCGUCACGCCAAACCUAUCAAUGGGAGUUAUAUCCUGUCGGAUGAGGAGGACGAGGAUGAUGUGCUGUUACAUGAGGACGGGACUGUUGUGUCUGCGGAUGCGGAUGUAGAUGCAGAGACUCUUGGUUAG